AUGGUAGAUAACUACAUUCUGUACUCGUAUUGGCGUAGCAGCUGCUCGUGGCGUGUGCGGAUCUCGCUCGAGUGGAAGGACAUCCCGUACGAGUAUCGAGCUGUGCACCUGCUGAAUGGCGGUGGUGAGCACUUCAAGGACGAGUACACGACGCUCAAUCCGAACCAGCGUCUACCAACACUCGUCGUGGAUGGCCACGUACUGCCACAAUCUGCUGCUAUCCUCGAGUUCCUAGAGGAGACGCAUCCAGAAAAGCCACUUCUGCCCAGCGAUCCGUUCGCUCGCGCCCAAGUCCGCAAUCUUUGUGCCAUUAUCGGCUGUGACAUCCAGCCGAUCCAGAAUUUGACGGUGCAAGUCAAGGCGACAGAGGAAGUACCUGAGGACCAGCGAGGCGCCAAGAAACAGGCGUGGGGGAAAUUCUGGAUUGACCGAGGCUUUGAAGCGCUGGAGCGCGAACUGGCCAAGACUGCGGCCGCGUACUGCUUCGGAGACGAGAUCACGCUAGCAGAUCUGUAUCUGCAGCCGCAAGUGUACAACGCUAACCGUGUCGGUGUGGACAUGACCAAGUACCCGAUUAUUUCUCGCAUCUCCGCGAGUCUGGAGACCUUGCCAGCUUUCCAGAAAGCCCAUCCGUCCCAACAACCGGAUGCAGUCAACUAA